AUGCACGCAGGGAAAGCACCCACGGGAUUGGUGUUGGACAUCGUCAAGGCCUUUAAUGUGCUACGACGCCCUUUGGUGUGCCAGGUCAUGUGUCACUUUGGGAUCCCGGAGAGCUUGGUGAGAGCGUGGCUAGCCGGUUUGGAUGGCAUGGAAAGGCAUGUGCUGGUGAUGGGCAAUGCAUACAGGGCGGACCCAGGGGAUCGGGCGGCCACUGCGGGGGUGCCGGAGGGUGACCCCUUGUCUGUGGUCGCCAUGUUCUGCAUGUGUCGGUUUUUUGCUCUCUGGGUGAAGUCGAAAGGGCAGGUCUUGCCGCUCACUUACGCGGACAAUUGGCAGGUGCUUGCGGACAAAGUUGAACCGGUGUUGCGUAUCCUUCCGGCGGUGGAGACCUUUUUGACCUGUUGUGCGUUGCCGAUUUCCCCGGAGAAAUGUUGGCUGUGGAGUGCUUGUAAGGAGGGAAGGAAGCGUCUCAAGUUGGCUACCCUGGGUGAGGUGGCGCAAAACAAGGUUGAUUCUGUCCGGAAUCUGGCCACAAUGUCUGCAUGGUGCGGAGACUUGUCAGGUUCCUCGGUCGGUCUACAAGAGAUUGAGAACGCAGGAUUGAUCUCGUUGCGGUGUGGUUUUGGGGGUGUUUCUUACUUGUUGGCCAAGCAGUUGCGCUCAGUGGAGUGGAUGGUGGUGGGUCUGGAAGCCAGGGAUGACUUUGGUCGGAUGACGUGGAUGAAGUAUCCCCUCGGUGAGCAGGCCUUGCUUCUUACGCAGGUGACCGGGGUGACCUUUACUCGGGACUGUUUGUCUCAUGCUGCGGGUGUGGAGGUCUCGCGCGCGUGUCCUUUGUGUGGAGAGGAGGACUCCAGGUUGCACAGGGCUAGAGAUUGUGAAGCAGUCGCUGAUUUGCGUGGGCCGUUUCUGGAGCUGCUUGGGGGUCGGUCGCUGCCGCCGCAUACUUGGGCAUACGGGUUGUGGGAUGAGUUGCCUGUGUUGCGGGAGUGGCAAGCUGAGUCAUGCUGCUUGGAUUGGCCCUUUCUGGUUACCUCUUCUUGUCUCGAGCGGAAGUUUGUCUUCUGUGAUGGGAGCUGUUUGUCCCCCAGGUUCCCAAGGCUUGCUAUUGCGGGAGGUGCGGUGGUCUUGGCAAACUCGAACGGGACCCACGACCUGGUGUGGGCCGGGCUUCUGCCUGGGUUGGCGCAAAGCAGUUAUCGUGCGGAGAUCCUUGCGCUUGCAGUUGCUUUUUCCUCUUUCACCUGUGUCACGGUUUUCUGCGAUAACCUCGCGGUUGUGCGGGUUGCCACUGGUCUGUUGAAGCUGCCGGAGGAGCAUAGGUUGUCCAGUCUCCCUGCGGAUCAUAAGGACCUUUGGGUGUUCUUCUGUGGGGCGGUGGCAGGUAGGUCGUGGGGUGCAUGCAUCGUGCGCUGGGUGAAGGCGCAUCAGGAUCCUCAGCGCUUGGUGGGUGAGGCCCGUAUUCUGGCCAUUUUCAAUGCAAGGGUUGAUGCGGAGGCAAAGAAGGUGGUUGUUGAAAGGGCGCAGCAUAGGCUGUAUCGGGCGCUUUUCAGGGAAUACAACACUGCGAAGGAAGACGCGGCGAGACUGGCAGACUUGCAUGUGGCAAUUGCGCAGGCUUUCGUCGAGGUCGAAAGACCCAAGGUCGGUGAAUGGGAGCCUGACGGUUUUGUGGUGGUAGGUAGAGGUGCGCGGCUCGAUGAGAUCUCGCUCCGGUCUCAGGUUCAUUCGGGCUUUGGCAGGAGGUUGCAUGAAUGGCUGUGCUCCCUGAGGUGGUAUCCAUCAUGUGCCGCAGGUUGGUGUGGGAUUUCAGCACUCGAAUUGCUUUGGCAAUUUGUCUUCGACACGGGUUCGCUUCCUCCGUUUUGGUACGAUGGUAAGUGGUGUGUUUUGGAGGACUCGACGCUCAACUCCUUUGUGCUUCCGCGGAUGUCGCAGUUGUAUCGUACGUGGGUCCGCGCGCUUUGUGCCGUCGACGGGCUCCCGGCGGGUGAUGUGGACGAUGUUUCGGGUCUGCCCUUUGUGCGGCUUGGUGCCCGUGGGUUGUCUGUGGGCGGUCGGAUCCCCCUUCACCCCGCUGUGGUCGCGGAUUUGUCCUCGCUCUUUAGUCAGCUAUCAGUGGGUGGCACUGGCGGUUGUUUCCUGGGAGUGCAGGAAACCGAUUCGCACCCGGACUAUGUCCCGCUGGACCCUGACCAUCCUUGGUGGCAGCCAGUUCCAGAGAAGGAUUGUCUACCGCCUGGCAGCACAUUGGCAAAGAUUCCGUUGAACUCCACAACUAUCUCUACUGGCAAGGGCUUUAAGGUGGUGGAUGAUUGCACGGGUCCAAACAACUGCUAUUCAUGGCACUUCAAGUGGCUAUUGGCGGUUUGUUUGGCCAUCUACGUGUUGGUCCUUCUUGGACCAGUGGCGCGAGCACUGCGUGGUCGGCAGCGGCGGGAAGAUAAGAUGCCAGCUCUGAUAGCUCCAGUGACUCCUGGCAGUGACAUCACAAUCAUGUCCUUUCAGCCACGUCGUCACAGCAUCCUGCAGGCUCCUGGCUCGAUGAAUGCCUCAUUGCCCCGAUCGCCAAUCCUUGCGGGGACUGGGCGGGAACCGGUCACGCUGCCGUCACCGUUGAACGCACCGGAAGAAACGCCAACGGCCCACGGAGUGGUGGAGCUUUGGGACGACAGAAUUGUGAUUCGUGGCCAUGGCAUUGUGCCAGAUCGAGACCUUCGUCUGGUGCCACCCAGCAAACUCUGGGUCACAUCAGCUUCACGCCAGUACCUUUACAUGAGUGCCAAGGGCGGAACGAUUUGUGCUGAUAUGCUUUGCGGCGAUGACACGCCCAUGGUACGGCGGCAGGCCCUGGUGCGCCGCCUUUUCUCGGUUUGUCUUGUUGCUGUCACUGUGGCAACAAUUGGCAACAGGUCUGGAGAACUGGUUUCCAGCUCUGCGGAUCGUGCCUUGUCUGCUGCUGGGCGAACACUCGUGGCGGGCAUAGGUGCUGGCACUUUGCAGAAGGAAGCUCAUACCCUCAAAGAGGGCGAGCAAAGUGUGGCGGUCUUGAGGGAGAAACUGAAAGACUUGGAGAAAGAGCUCGAAGGCGCUCUGCGGCCCAGGAUGCGGCAGUGCAACGAGGACGCUACUGGCAGUCGCCAGCGCUGCGAAGACCUCAGGGAGGCCAUCACCCGCCUGGGCGAAGCCCGCGCCAAAGCUGCUGAAGAGGUGGGCGGUCUCUCAAAGCGCCAGCUGGCCGAGAUCCGGCAGCUCCUAAGGAGCCCACCAGAAGCGGUGAAACGGAUUUUGGCCGCGUGCUGGUUGCUGCUGCACUGCCAGCGCUUCAAAGAUAAGCCUAUCAGUGCAGUUCGCUUUGAUGAGAAAACGGAUUGGCCGCGAUGCCAGCGGAUGCUAGUUGAUGAGGGAUUCAUUGCCUCUGUCUUGUCCUUUGAUUCGAAGCAGUUGGAGGAGGUGCCAAAUGUCCCAGCCUGUGUGGCUCAGAACUUGGGUUUUUCUCCUCCAGGUGUUGCCCCAAAAGCACGACCAUCCUUGCGACGCAGCGCCACAGUCCCUGUGAAGCCUCCUUUGGACUUAGCCUCUGUCCUUCGAGCCUCUGAACCCUGCGCACCGUUGCUUCGCUGGGUGCAGGAGCUGAUCAAUGAGCAUAACGAGCGGAUGAAGCUCUCAGCGGAACUCACAGAUGCCACGGCUGCCAAAGCGCAGGCAGAAAGCAAAGAAGCAGACGCUGAAGCAGACUUGGCUGAAGCUGAGGCCUUAUUGGCGCGACUUCGAGAGGCCCUUGCUACGCAGGAAGCUAUGCUUGAGAAGCUGGAGGCAGAGAAGGGUGCAGCUGAGAAGGCACUGCAGGAUAUCCGUCGACUGGAUAGCCUGGGAACUCCAGGGAAGAGUGUGCAGUCGCCAAAGGCAUCACCCAAGGCGAAGGAGAUGCCAAAAGAGAAGGUGCCUGUUCCAAUCGAGUUGGAAGUCAGUGGAACUUUAGCUGUGGUCGAACAGAAGUUGGCUCAGUGUGGUGUGCCCUUCAGACGUGCGGAUGCACAAGUCUUGGAAGGCGAUCCGCGGCAGGCCUUGAUCUUGCCACGGAUAGCUGACAUUUUGAAGGAACAUCGGGGCAAAUUGAAGCUGCUGUUGGAAGGUCACCAAGCUGAGGGAGAAGAGCCAGGCACAGAUAUCGAGCGCAGCCUCGCUGUGUACCAAUGGCUAGUGGAGGUCGCUGGCUGUGCUCCAGGGCUCCUUCGAUUGAAAGGCUGUGGAUCCACAGCCGGUUUGGGGCAGCUGGUGGUGCCAGUGCCCAUCCAGGAGCUGGUAUUCCGAAGCGGCCCCAAAGCUGCGGAGAUGGACAACUUUCCCAGUGGUCUUUACUUCGCAAAGGACAGCAUUGAGCUUCUUCCGGAGACCACAGAGCUGCUGCCUCCUUUGGGAAAGGCCUUUUCCGAGGAGAAUUACGUCGUCAGACUUGAAGGCCACGUGGACAAGGAUGAAAAUCCUGAUCUGGCAGGACAACGCGCUGUUCGUGUGCGCGACUUGCUCAUCGAGUUAGGUGUUCCCAGGACCAAGAUGCGACCCCAGAGCUGCAAGGCUUUGCAUCCUUUGAGCCGCACCAAAAACGCUGUGAAUCGACGGGUGAAACUCAACGUGGAUUCGGCCAAUGGCCGAGGUGAGAAGCGGAGCGUGGUGAGGACGAAAGGGCCACCAAAGACAGAGUCACUUCAGCUUGGUGACGUGGUGCGACACUUGGUCCAGAUUGGAGACAAUGAAUUGCUAGUUGGCUACGUGAGAUUUAUAGGCACCUGGGCUAUGAUGGCAGUGUACAGGGUGUUCGCUAUUUUGAGUGCCCACCAAAGUAUGGGCUUUUUGCGCGUGAGACGAACCUUCGACGUUUGCAGGACGGAGAAGGCUGGGCCGGCCACCGUUGUGAGAUGUCAUGCAGCACAAUGCAGCACAGCAGUUACGUCGCGUGAACCUCGACAGAAGCCCACCAAGGAAGAGCCAGGAGAAACUGCAAAGAAAAAUGUGAAACAAGUUGUGAAUCUGCCUCCCGUGCCCGUCUCCAACGGAACAAAGACUUCUCUGGAGUUGGGCCAAAUCGUUCAGAUUGCGGACAAGUUCGCUGGAGAAGUGAAGUUCAUAGGGAGCACCAACUUUGCAGAUGGCGAGUGGGUUGGCAUUCAGUGUGACGAAGAUGGCACAGUGCGGCAGAAAGAUGGCCAGCGAUGUUUUGGCAACCUGUCGCAGUACUGGCUCUUUGCAGCUGCACCCAAUCUGCCACAGGAGAUCUCUGUCAAGACUUUUGCCCGUCAGUGGUUGGUCGGCGAAGGCCCAGAGCUGGAAAGGGCGCGCGAGGCUGCGGAGAAGGGCUCCAUCCCAGGUGCUCGGAGUUUCAUGCGGGAAGUGAUUCCAGGAGAUGAUGAUCUUGACAGGAUCCUCACGUUGAAGGGGGUCCAGGUCAGGGGGCUGCCGGCCGCUAUCGUCCUCAAUGAACAGACGGACAGUCCAGCUGCAACAGACAUCCUGAGCCGGCUAAAAGCCAGGUUUGCUCAAGGCAUUGCAGACGGAUCUGUCGAAGUUCGCAUGGCGAAGCCAUGA